GCUUUGACUGACGUAACGACGUCACCCACAGACGUUUCACUUCCGUUCCACGUGGGAUGCGAGGCGGAGAGGAGCCCCGUGUAUAGUUGUCGCCAUGAAGGUGAAGGUUUUGUGCAGGAAUCCGGACGACUAUGUCAGGGAGACCAAGAGGGAUCUGCCCAAAGUUCCUCGUAACUACGACCCCUCCUUGCACCCGUUCGAGGUGCCGCGGGAAUAUGUCCGAGCUUUAAAUGCCACCAAGCUGGAGCGUGUGUUCGCCAAGCCCUUUGUCGCAGCGCUGGAAGGUCACAGAGAUGGGAUCAACUGUCUGGCAAAAGAUCCCAAGAGCUUGUCCACCGUGCUGUCCGGGGCCUGUGAUGGAGAGGUGAAGUUAUGGAAUCUGCCCACAAGAAAUUGCACCCGAACAAUACAAGCUCAUGACGGCUUUGUCCGAGGGAUGUGUGUCCGAUUCUGCGGGACUUCUUUUUUUACGGUUGGUGACGAUAAAACUGUGAAACAAUGGAAGAUGGAAAGUCCUGGAUAUGGGGAGAAAGAGGAGCCACUCCAUACAGUACUUGGAAAGACAGUCUUUACAGGCGUGGAUCACCACUGGAGGGACGCUGUUUUUGCCACAUGUGGACAGCAAGUGGAUAUUUGGGAUGAACAGAGGAACGCUCCUAUGCGCACCUACACCUGGGGAGUGGACAGUCUCCAUGCUGUCAAAUUUAACCCCAUUGAGACACACAUUAUUGGAAGCUGUAGUGCAGACAGAGGUAUCGUUCUGUACGACAUGCGGAAACCUACACCACUGAAAAAGAUUAUUCUAGAAAUGAGGACAAACGCUCUCUGCUGGAAUCCUAUGGAGGCCUAUAUAUUUACAGCAGCGAAUGAAAACUACAAGCUGUAUACAUAUGACAUGCGAAACAUGGAAGCCCCCAUUAAGGUACACACGGACCACGUGUCGGCUGUCCUGGAUGUUGACUACUCUCCAACUGGGAGAGAAUUUGUGAGUGCCAGCUUUGAUAAAUCAGUCCGCAUAUUUCCUAUUCAAAGUGGGAGCAGCAGGGAAGUGUACCACACCAAGCGGAUGCAGCACGUCACCUGUGUCCGGUGGUCUUCAGACGACAAGUUUAUUCUGUGCGGCUCGGACGAAAUGAACAUCCGUAUUUGGAAAGCGAAUGCCUCGGAGAAACUCGGCCUGAUGUCUCCACGAGAGAUAGCCGCACAGAGCUACAACCAGAAGCUAAAGGAAAAAUUCCAGCAUCACCCACAGAUCAAGAGGAUCGCCCGGCACAGACACCUCCCCAAGUCCAUCUACAGCCAGAUAAAGGAGCAGCGCAUCAUGAAGGAAGCCCGGCGCAAGAAGGAGAUGAAUCGCCGCAAACACAGCAAAGAGGGCGCAGUGCCCAUUGUACCACUAAAGCAGAAGGAUGUGGUGGCCGUGCUGGAAUAGACUCUACUGCGCUCUUGUCACAUGGGGUUGUUGACUUUGUCCUACACUUUAUUUUACGACAUCGGGAAUAUCCGCGUCAUUAUAACUGGGAUAUUAUGAGUGGAUGAGCAGGAAAUGGGAUUCUGGGAACGUCCAGGAUAUGACAUGUACAGACCUGGAAACUAUCAGCAGGCAGGAUGUUUUAUUUAUUAAAUGUUUUUUUCCAGGAAUAUAAUUUUUUUUUCUACGCUGUGCAGAGUGAGUUGAGUAAAAAAGAAAUGAGUUGCUAGACUUUUCACCUACUGACUAUAUUAAAGGCGGAGCUUAUAUGUAAAGCGUUUUUUUUAUUCCUGUU